UGUAUAUAUACAUAUAACGCUCCCCGCGGUUCCAUGCCUUCACUCGCACACUUAUCCUCUCAUCUUCCUCCCUCCCACAAAUGGCUCUGUCAACGACGUGGUCACUGGUUACAGUGUACUUGGCGGUGAUGAUACUGCUGAGCGUCGUGGGGCAGAGGAGCGAGGCAGCAGAGCCUCUGGCCUGCAAUCCCAGAGACGGCAACACCAAGAACUUGGCUUUUUGCAGGGCGUCGCUGCCCAUAGCGGAGAGGGUGAGGGACCUGAUCGGGAGGCUGACGCUGCAAGAGAAGGUGAAGCUGCUGGGCGACAAUGCGGCGGCGAUUCCACGGCUCGGGAUCAGAGGCUACGAGUGGUGGUCGGAGGCGCUGCACGGGGUUUCCAAUGUGGGUCCCGGGACCAGGUUCGCUCCGCCGUUCCCUGCCGCCACGAGUUUCCCUCAAGUCAUCACCACCGCUGCUUCUUUCAAUGCUUCCUUGUGGGAGGCUAUCGGACGGGCUGUGUCGGACGAAGCGAGGGCAAUGUACAAUGGCGGAAUAGCUGGGCUCACGUACUGGAGCCCAAACGUGAAUGUUUUCAGGGACCCGAGGUGGGGGCGUGGACAGGAGACUCCCGGUGAAGAUCCCGUCCUCGCCGGUACAUAUGCCGCCAGUUACGUCAACGGGCUCCAGGGAAACGACGGUAACCGGUUGAAGGUCGCUGCUUGUUGCAAGCACUUUACCGCUUAUGACCUCGACAAUUGGAACGGGGUGGAUCGCUUCCAUUUUAACGCACAGGUUAGCAAGCAGGACAUAGAGGAUACGUUCGAUGUGCCGUUUAGAAUGUGUGUGAAGGAGGGCCGCGUGGCCAGCGUUAUGUGCUCUUACAAUCAAGUCAAUGGUGUCCCCACCUGUGCCGAUCCCAAACUCCUCAAGAAAACAGUUCGCGCCCAAUGGCGUCUUGACGGAUACAUUGUAUCAGACUGCGACUCUGUUGGGGUGCUCUAUGCAAGCCAGCAUUAUGCAUCAUCACCCGAAAAAGCUGCUGCGGAUGCUAUCAAAGCAGGAUUGGACUUGGAUUGUGGGCCUUUCUUGGGACUGCAUGCGCAAGAUGCGGUGAAGAAAGGGUUGUUGAGAGAAACCGAUGUGAACGAUGCUUUGGUGAACACCUUAACGGUCCAGAUGAGACUGGGUAUGUUUGAUGGAGAGCCCUCGAGUCAGCCAUAUGGGAAGCUGGGUCCUGCAGAUGUGUGUUCUAAGGCUCACCAAGACCUAGCCCACGAAGCUGCCGUACAAGGAAUCGUUCUCCUCAAGAACUUCGGCCCUUCUUUGCCUCUGUCGUUGCGUCGUCACCGCACUGUCGCCGUCAUCGGCCCUAAUUCUGAUGCCACUGUUACCAUGGUUGGUAAUUAUGCCGGUGUUGCGUGCGGAUACACGACUCCUUUACAAGGAAUAGGGAGAUAUGCCAAGACUACACACCAAUUAGGGUGUGCAAAUGUGGCUUGCGCCGAUGACAAACUAUUCGGAGCGGCUAUCAAGGCGGCCCAACAUGCUGAUGUCACGGUUCUUGUAAUGGGCCUGGACCAAUCACUUGAGGCCGAAACAAGGGAUAGGGCUAGCUUGCUCCUACCGGGGCGUCAACAAGAUCUUAUUUCUAAGGUGGCAGCCGCCUCCAGGGGCCCAACUAUUCUGGUCUUGAUGUCUGGUGGGCCUCUUGAUAUAACUUUUGCAAAGAAGGAUCCACGAGUUGCGGGCAUCUUGUGGGCAGGUUAUCCGGGCCAAGCAGGCGGAGCUGCUAUUGCCGAUAUCUUGUUUGGAGCCGCUAACCCGGGAGGGAAGUUGCCAAUGACGUGGUAUCCACAAGAGUACCUCACAAACUUGCCGAUGACAGAUAUGAGAAUGCGUGCGAGCCAACCCACAGGGUACCCGGGAAGAACGUAUCGGUUCUACGAGGGUCCGGUGGUUUACCGAUUUGGGCACGGAUUAGCCUACAGCCAGUUCGUGCAGACAGUGGCAAGUGCACCCACGCUGGUGUCGCUUCCAGUGGACGGACAUCGCAAGGUCAACACGACAGACUUCUCAAAGAAGGCAAUAAGGGUGACGCAUGCGAGAUGUGGCAAGCUCUCCAUAGCCCUUCAUAUUGACAUUAAGAAUAUGGGCUCUAAGGACGGAACCCACACCUUGCUAGUGUUCUCGGCGCCGCCUUCCGGUGGUCAAUGGGCCCCGCGCAAGCAACUAGUGGCAUUUCAGAGGGUGCACGUCCCGGCUAAGGCCCAGCAACGAGUCCAAGUCAAUAUUCACGUUUGCAAAUUCCUGAGCGUGGUUGACAAGUCUGGAAUUCGGAGAAUUCCGUUGGGUCAACACAGUCUUCACAUUGGGGAUACCAGACACUCCGUUUCACUUCAAGCUCAAUCCCUUGGGAUCAUCAAGACCUGAUUAGUUUAAUUCCCCUUAUUUGCAUGAUUGGUGUGAGAUUAUAAUAGGCGUGGCAGGUAACUGUUAAGGAAACAAACAUUUUAUAGGGGAUUUUAGUUCUGUGGAACCCUCAAUUGAAAGCGUAAGCUAUGUUGCCCGAGACGACAGGAUCGAUUGAUGCUUCAGGAGAAGAGAUUAAGGAAAUUCACUCUUCUCAUUUUAAAUUUCUACUUAAUUUGUGUACAAUUCUUUUAUGUGUAUCAUGAACAUGAAAAAGCACUCGGUCCCUUCCAUUUAUCUCUUUCCUAGGACAAGUAAUGAGAAUGGAUGCCUCGAGCUCCCAUUGUGCA